UUUUAAUUGAGGAAGUAAUUUAAAUACACCUUCGUUUAUUUAUAUACUGUGGAAUGCCCUUUUGUAUUAUCAGUUACUAAACCAUUCAUUGAUAGGACACAAUUAUUGGAUAUUACAUACCAAAUGGCCGAACAGGUUAAUUUAAAGUCCGACAUAAAAGAGAUAAAGGAGGUCAUAAGGCAACUUGAAGCGAAAUUUAACAGGGUUUUACCGAAUGAAUCAGCCUGCCCUUGUUCCAGCCAUACAAAUGUUUUACGAGCAGAAUUAGGUGUCGUUGCUGCUCGCCUAGACGUAUUGAAAGCUACAGCUGAAGUCACGCGCCAAUUUGAGAAUAAACUAAAAGAUAUGCAUAUUAAGCUGAAUGAAAUGCAGCAGACGCUGCACGAGUUGCAGAUCGAUAGAGACAAAACUGACGAUACAUCAAACACAUCACGGUCAGAGCCUGUGAAUGCGAUUCGACACGAUACACAUACCAGGACCUCUACAGGAAUUACACAAUUAACAGACAGAUCAACUGAAAACAUUACAGCCUCUGCAGAUAGACAGACCCAGACAGAUCUGUACUCUACUGAACAAAUUAGCGGGAAUUCUUUAAUUGAAAAUGCAUCUAGCGACAGUCAUUCGAGAUGUGCCAGUGCGAUGUGUAAUGACCAAGCGUGCUCGAACCGAUUUGAAAAAGGAAUGACAGUGAUAAAACAACCUCAACGAAAAGUUUUUCCGAAGAAAGAUUCGUGGAUAACACAGGCCAGACAUGAAUGCGCCAUUGCGUCUUUAAUCACGGGUGAAGUUAAAGGUGUGGUAACCGUGUUCUUGAUAGACAUAUCGGAAAGCAUGGCGGCAGGAGAGGCGUGGGUACAAACCAGGACGUUCGUGAAUGAUUACCUGAAAGGUUUGCAAGAAGUUCGAAGUCACGAUGGUUCAUCCAGCCUCAUAGAUGAAUACAUUGCAAUAGCAACAUUUGGGCACGAAACUAGGCUGCAACUUUAUCUAACAACGGGCUAUGACUCAGUUACUGACUACAUGGAUCAUGUCCGAUUGGGCGGACCCAGUCCUCUAUAUGGAGGCUUGUGGUUGGCAAUGGUAGGGGCAUUAUCGUGCGAAGAUGAAUAUUUUACAACAAAUGGCAUUUUAGUUGUACCAAAAAUUAUAGUCAUCAGCGACUAUAAACCGACAGAAACACUGCUAUUAACAGGACCCGACAUCCCAAGGGAAGAAGCAAUCGACGAGAGUUUGACGGACAUUUUGUCAGCAUUAGACUCAAUUAGUAAAAGAAAUAUAUCCGUGUUCUUCGUUGCUGUUGGAGACUCAAACCAGGACUUUGUCAAUGUUCUGAGGUCCAUCGACAAAAAUGUGUACACAUAUACAGAUGGACGAAGACUAUCUAGACAAUAUUUCCUCUCGACAAGGGCAGGAACGCUUGAUAUCAUGUCUCUCAUGUGGGACUUCAGACGAAGGCCGGACAUGUCGAGUGAUGAUCAGGCAGAUAUGUUUGCUAUUCGAAUCGAAUCCGAUAGGCGUAUGAAGGAGCUAAGAGAACGUCCAGAUCGAAGAACACUGUACUGUGAAAGUACGAGUACAAUAUUACCAAAAAUUGGGUCACGAGUACGACGGGGCCCAGACUGGCCGAUGACUGAUGAUCACGAUGGCAAUUUGCCUGGAACAGUUGUUGGUCACUCAGAAGAAGUUUCAAAAGUAUGGGUUAGUUGGGACAAGGAUAAUGUACUUUGCUACAGCCAAAAAUACGGACUACACGGUUUGUAUGAGAUUGUAGUGACGGAAGAGCAACGUGAUUUGAAACCAGGAGAGAAUAUUGCCGUCGGAUGCAAAGUAAAACCAGGCCGAGACGGCGAUUUUCAGGGUUUUCAUGAGUGGAACACUGGCAUCGUCAUUCGAGUCCAACCACCAAAAGCUCAUGUCCGUUGGGACAGCGGAUCUCGUGGGGACUACAGUUAUGGAGAGGAUGGAAAAUACGAAAUAGAAAUCUGCAACUUGGCAACGGGUGAAGCAUCCGCAUCUGGGUCGACAUGUCUUGAUGCGUCACCUAAUACUGACGACGCAACUGGUGUAAAGCACAAACAGAAAAAUAAAAACAAAAAGUAGAUACAUGUACAUGAGGUGGUCUUGAAAUGCAUCGUGUUCAUUUCAUUUAUCGAAAUAAUAUGCUCAGACGAGUGAGACAUACAACACAAUACAGCAUGAUUUUCAAGUGCAUUUCAAGAUAUGAGAUGAACGAUUUAGGCCGAGAGGGAAGAAUAAAUAUGAUACUUGAUUAAUUGUGUAUGAUGUGUAUAAGUGAUGUGAUAUUUAUGCCGUAUGUGGCAUUCCAUUAUUAUUGUUAAAUGGGCAUUUGUCUUAUCUACAGUCAUUGUAUUGAUAUGUCUGCAUUUUGCGGAACAAAUAU